GAGGUCAGAGUGGGAGGAUUUCUAUUGGUGGCACUGCUGUUUAUCGCACUCAUAAUAAAUAUUUCAGCACUUUGCUUUAUGCGUAGUUAAAGCCGAAGAUGGAUUUUUGGGUUAAAUUCUUUGCUCAGAACAGAAAAGUAGCUUUGUGCAUGACUGGAGCGGCUGCGGCUUUGCUCGGACUCGCACUCGGCUACAAAUACACGCGCAGGCAGAGAAAGUUGACUCGAGUCGGAGUUGUCUCGCAGUUGUUGCUUCAUCCCAUGAAGUCUGGCAAAGCGGUGUGUGUACCUGAAGCCGAGUGUAUGAGAAUGGGCCUGAAAUGUGGAGAGCUUCGUGAUCGUCACUGGCUGGUCAUUACAGAAGAUGGCCACAUGGUGACAGGGAGACAGCAGCCUCGCUUGGUUCUCGUGUCUAUGACUUGUGAGGGGGGCCAGGUCUGUCUGAAUGCUCCUGAGAUGGAGGAGCUCAGGUUUCCUUUUCACCAGCCGACCAAUCCCAUUUUUAAGUGCAGGGUGUUUAGUUCAGACACUGAGGGCAGAGACUGUGGUGAUGAGGUUUCCAACUGGUUUACUCGAUAUCUGGCAGCAGACAAGACCUUUCGCUUGGUGCACUUUGAACCCCAGUUAAAAGCCAGAACACCUCCUGAGAAGGGCUUUCCGAACGAUGAAAAGGUGGCUUAUCCGGAUGCCGCUCCUGUCAUGUUGAUGUCUUUGGCCUCUCUGAAUGACUUGAGCAGCAAACUAGGAAGCGACAUCUCUGUGUGCCAGUUCCGGCCCAGCAUUGUGGCCACUGACUGUGAGCCUUUUAGCGAGGAUUCAUGGGAGCAUAUACAGAUUGGCGAAGUGGAGAUGCAGAGAAUUAUGGGCUGUGGAAGGUGUAUUUUCACCACUGUUGAUCCUGAAACUGGAGUAAUUACUAGAAAAGAGCCACUGGACACACUCAGAACUUAUCGGCUAACUGACCCUGCCCAGAAAAAUGCACCAGUACUUGGCCAAUACUACACAGUCAAGAAAACUGGAAUCCUCCAUGCUGGUGAUCCCAUAUACAGAAUUAGUUACUGAGGAUGUCAUGUAUCUAACAUGAAGCUCAAAGCUAAUGUAAUCUAGAGGUAACAGUAUAAAGAUUUAUGUAUAACUACAUAAAUAGAUUUGUGUCUAAUGCAAGUUUCUAAAUAGAUCUGUGUCUAACUCAGAUUCACAAAGAUUCAUAAAUGCACCUUAAAUAAAUUUCAAUAUAAGUAA